UUUUUUUUUUGUUAGCGCACAUAAUGGCUACUGGGUCCACGAUUGCUGGAAGGGCUUGGCGGUUGAGCCGCACCACGGGAUUCCAGACACUGGCUCGGCGGGGCUAUGCGGCAUCAGCAGCAGCAUCAUCAGCAUCAGCAAAGACCACGGCCACAAGCAAGGCCAAGCGCAAGCACCUGGUGUUCAACAACCGCACUGGCCCUUCCCUGCAGCACUUUUUGGCGCAGUCGCUGCCUGACCAGCAAGCCGAUCUCUCCAAAGCCACACCCGAGGAUCUGCCGUACCUGCCGGUGCAAGACUGGGGCGAAGGGCGCAAGUACUAUGUCGAGGUGUAUGGCUGCCAGAUGAACGUCAACGAUACAGAGAUCCUCAUGGCAGUGCUGAACAAGGCCGGGUACCACCGCACGCACUCGCUAGACGACGCCGAUGUGAUAUUCCUGAUGACCUGCGCCAUCCGCGAAAAGGCCGAGGACCGGAUCUGGAGCCGGCUGUCGCAUUUGAAAUCGCUAAAGACAAAGUCGCGGCCGGACCGUGCGCCCAUGGUCGGUGUGCUCGGGUGCAUGGCUGAGCGCCUGAAGGAGAAGCUUCUGGAGUCCGACAAGCUUGUUGAUGUGGUCUGCGGCCCCGACGGCUACCGGUCCCUCCCGCGCCUCCUGUCGCUGCGGGCAAUGUCGGCGGACGGCGUCGCCAAUGUAAUGCUGUCGGCGGACGAGACAUACGCGGAUAUCACUCCGGUGCGCCUAGACGAGAACAAAAUCAGCGUGCAUUUGAGCGUUAUGCGUGGAUGCAACAACAUGUGCAGCUUCUGCAUCGUACCGUUUACGCGCGGCAACGAGCGCAGCCGCAACAUCGACUCGAUUGUCGAGGAGGUCAAGACCCUCAGCAGCCAGGGCAUCCGCGAGGUCACGCUGCUGGGCCAGAACGUAAAUUCAUACCGGGACACGAGCGAGAGCACAGAGUUUGAGACCGAGGGGUUCGGCGCCGACCUGAGCCGCGGCUUCAAGACCAUCUAUAAGCGCAAGGAGGGCGGCAGGCGGUUUGCCGAGCUGCUGCAUCGCGUUGCGCAGGUGGAUCCUGAGAUGCGCGUGCGGUUCACGUCGCCGCACCCGAAGGAUUUCCCCGACGAGCUAUUGCACGUAAUCCGUGACAACCCGAAUUCCGGCAGCACAGCAUGUCUGGAGCGCAUGCGGCGCGGAUACUCCCGAGACGCCUUCAUUGAGUUGGCAGCACACAUCCGCAAGGUCAUCCCCGAUGUGACGUUCAGCACAGAUGUGAUUGCCGGGUUCUGCGGCGAGACGGAGCAAGAGCACAGAGACACAGUGUCGAUGAUGGAGACGAUCAAGUUCGAUGCGGCUUUUAUGUUCGCGUACAGCAUGCGUGAGCGCACCCACGCGCACCGCAAGUUCAAGGACGAUGUUCCGGCCGACGUCAAGGGCAGGAGGCUACAGGAGAUCAUCGACAUGUUCCACCGGCAGGCGCAGGCCAAGAACCAGCGGUAUGUUGGAACCCAGGGGCUGGUGCUGUAUGAGGGCCUGACCAAGAAGCACGGGCGGCCGUAUGGCUCAGACGACUACGCGCACAAGGUGUUUUUGCAGAUUCCCGAUGGCAUCGAGCCAAAGAUCGGCGAGUACCUGAGAGUCGCCAUUGACUCGGCAACGUCGGCAUCGCUGACAGCAACGGUGGUCGAGAAGACAACGCUGGCACAGUACUACCAAAAGUAUCCUCAGGCACGCAGUAUCGAAUAAAACCUCGAAAGCUGG